GAAACCAUUCAUUACUGUACGAAAAGAAGAACCAACCUUUCACCUUGAUCAUCAUUUCCCUCACACGCUCGAGAAUCCCACACGCUUAAAGACCACGCCUUUCCUCUAGUUCUGCUAUCACAUUUGCUCAGUGGGAAGAAAUUGAGCUCUGUUUUCCGGUAAAGCUUCCAUCUUUAAGGUUUUGAAGAAGCUAAAGACCAAGCCUUUGCUCUAGUUGUGAUUCACAUUUGAUCAGUGAGAAGAAAUUGAGCUCUGUUUUGUUGUAAAGUUUCAAUCUUUAGGGUCUUGAAGAAGUUUGAUGACGGAAGCCGGAGCGGGUUUUAACCGGGUCCGGGCCGGGUUCCGGGGGCUAAUAGAGCUGGCGAAGAAGCUGGAAGGGGAAGACAUGAAGCUGCGGCGUGAUUUGGAAGCGAAAGCGAUGGAGAUUGAAGAAGGUAAGAGCCAGCUGAACUUGCUUAAAUUAAAGAUUGAGGAAAAGAAUAGAGAGGUUUGUGAUAGAGAGAAGCGGAUUGAGGAGCUUGAGAAGAUGGUUAGGGUGAAUGAUGAUGUGAAGUCGAGAGUGGAGGAAUUGAAGGGUUUAGAGGAGAUGAUUGCGAAAUGUGAUGAGGAGGUGAGGUUGAAGAAGGGGAGGAUUAGUUUGAUUCAGAAAUCGAUGAUGCAAUGCUCGUAUACGUUGGAAGCGAGGGAGGAGAAGAUGAGGGAGAGUAAUGUGGCUUUUGGUUUGGUGAAGAAGGCUAUGGAGGAGUGGUGCUGUAAAGUUGAGAUGAAGGAGAGGGAGCUGGAGAGGUGUGUGGCGAAACUGGAAUUGAAAGAAGAAGAAGUGGAGAAGAAAAUUGAGGAACUUGAGUUGAUUGAGAAGAGGGUCAAGGAUUGCCUGGAUGAUGUGGAGUUGAAAGUUGAGCAUUCUGAUGCAGUUGAAAAAUUGAUACAGGAAGGGAGACAGCAGUUGGAUGCACUGCAAGAGUCGGUGCGUGAGGGCGAAAGGAAUUUGGAUUCAGUUCGAAAGGCAGCAGAGGAGCGUGAGAAGGUUUUGGACUCGGUAGGCCAGGGACUUGAAAUGAAAGAGAGGGAACUUGAACAGCAGGCCAAUGAGCUUGAGUUUAAAGAGAGACAAGUUGAAUUGAGAGUUGAGGAAGUUAAUUCAAAGGAUAAGAGGGUCAAUGAACGCCUCAAUGAGGUUCAAAUGAAGGAAAUUUUUUUGGAAUUAUUUGAAAAAUCAAUACAAGAAGACAAAGAGCAUUUGGAUUUGGUCCAAAAGUUGGCAGCAGAGCGUGAAAAGCAGUCAGAUUCACUCCAAACAUCGGUGCAAGAUCGUGAAAAUAAUUUGUUUUCACUUCAAAAAUCGGUACAAGAGCGUGAAAAAAAGUUGGAUUCACUAUCCGAUGGACUUCAAAGGAGAGAAAGGGAACUUGAAAAGCAGGCCAAAGAGCUUGAAUUGAAGCAGAAACAAUUGGAUUCUCGAAGGAAGGCCAAGCAUUUGGAACCUACCCCUGUUGCUAAAAAUGCAAGUGUUGUUUCAUCUACAAGUGAUCAGUCCUGGAUCAACAUGGAUGGUAGAAGCUUACAGUUGGUCAUGAAUGAGCAAGUGGAAAAAAUUGACUUGACAGGUAGCCGAAUGUCAGCUGUUCUACAAGCAUCAUCAGACCCGGCAAAAUUGGUUUUGGAUGCAAUGCAAGGGUUUUAUCCGUCAAAUCUUACUGUGGAAAACAGAGAGUUUGAGUCACAAUUGAGGGUCAUAAGAAAGAGUUGUAUUCUUUUGCUACAGGAGUUAAAGAGAAUGUCACCACUAAUUAAUCCUCAGGUGAGAGAAGAAGCAGUGAAAUUGGCAGCUGAUUGGAAAGAGAAGAUGGCAGUUACCGCUGAUAAUAGUUGGGAGGCUUUGGGCUUUUUGCGGCUUAUCACUACGUAUGAAUUGAUAAGUAUUUAUGAUUUGAGGGAGCUUCGAAGUCUUCUUGCUAUGGUUUCUCAGCCAGAACAAGCUGCUGAAUUAAGUAGGGCACUUGGUAUCACAGAUAAGGCACCUGGGACGAAUGUUGUUUCUUCCAUUGUCAAGACUGAGCGAUCAGAAUCUUCGCUGGCUAGAAAUGAAGCAACUCUUUCUCCUCCGAAUAAAUAUUUACAGAAUGAAAGGAUUGUUUCUCUUCCUUCCAUUGCCAAGACUGAGGGACCCAAAUCUUUUGGGGCUAGAUUUGCAGCAACUCUUUCUUCACCAAAUAAUGCUGAGGGACCAGAAUCUUCGCUGGCUAGAAAUGAAGCAACUUGUUAGUAUAAGUUUGAUGUAUGUUGGCAUUCCUAAUACAAAAGCUAGAAUCAUAGGUCUGCUAGAGUUAUCAAGUGUAAACUGGAAGAGAUAUACAGUCAUACAAUGCUCCAGCUGAUUCUUUGAAGCACUCCAGGUAAGAGCAUAUGCAUCCGCAUUUCAUAAAGGUCAACCUACAUGCAUACUGGGAUUGCAAUUUGUUCUGCAAUCCCUGUCAGGUCAAGUCGUGGGAUAUUGUUUCUUCUUUUUCACGUUUUGUGCACAUUCAUUAGUUGCGUCUUAAAAAGAUAUUUCACUACAUAAUUUGUGUUGUUAAGACGUAUCGUCUUCAUUAAGGAUAGAAUCGGAUUUACUUGUUGAAUAUCUUUUUAUGAUUUGUUCCUUCCUUAUUAGGAGUCAAUUAGGUUUUGGAGUCUUUAUUGUCCAAGGUUUUAGGGGGAGUCUGAUAUACAUAUACAACGUGUUCAACCAUUCAUCUGGUACUUUGAGCCGAAUAAGAAUUGGUGCAUCUAUUGAGUCAAGAUUUUUCAUUUUGUUUUGUGAGAAACUGUGUGCUUCAGAUUCGAGUCUAUGAACUACUUGUUCCAUGCUUAAGUAGAUCAUUGAGUCAAAACAUCCAUCAUUCAUUACAUUCUUCACAUCAAAGUACUCUCGAGGUCAGUUGGAGUUGUUGAUGUGCAAAGAAGAUUGAAGGUCGAGGUCAGUACCUGUCAAUCCUACCAGUGAGAGCAGUUCAUCAGUGGAGAAGAUUUACGAAGACGUGAUCAUACAGCCUUCUAGAAUGUGUCUAGUAAGUAUAGCCGAGGUCAGUGCUAUUGGUUGUUUGUAAGAGAACUUGUAUCUUUCCAUUAAGUGAAUUGGUUUUCACUAGGGCUUUAGAGAGUUAAGGCCCCGCAGUUGUUUUCCUCAUUUUGAGGUUUUUACUGCGCAAACAAUUCUGGUGUCUCUUGAUCGCUGUGUGAUUGUGUUUACCUUUCUUUAUCUACACUGCUAUAUUCAGGGAUUCAUAUCUGUGUUUCAAUCCUUUAACGUUUCUUGCUGGUGUCUCUGGAUGUUGUGUGUUUGUGAUUAUAUUUGUUUGCCUAAUUAUCUCACUGCUGUUUUGGGAUCCAUACCUGUGUUUCAAUCCUGAGUAUUGUCUGUUACGUUUUUGAAUUGAAAGGAAGUGUGAUUUCUGCGAGAAUAGCC